GUCACGUGACUUCAGAGAGAGAUACGUGUUUUACACACAACAAUCUUAGCAGUAAUUCCUAUUAAAGCAUACCCUGUUUACUUUUUGCUUGCAAUCGUGUAUUCUGAUAUUAAAGAUGUGUGUAUAAGAAAAGAAACAAGAUGAGACGUGCAGCUGUUGCAAGCCGAAGUCCUUCAUCAAAGGCUCUUAAAGUUGUUAAGGAAUUAGAUGCUUUUCCUAAAGUACCAGAAAAUUUCAAGGAAACGUCUGUCUCAGGAGGUGGAAUUUCAGUUGUAACCUUUGUGUUCAUCGCAAUAUUAAUGAUCUCGGAAAUUCAGUACUACGCCAACACGCUACUCAAGUUUGACUAUGAUGUGGAUACUGAAGUUGAUGGAAAAAUCAAGAUAAAUGUUGAUAUGACGGUCGCCAUGAGAUGUGAACACAUCGGUGCAGAUGUGUUGGAUCAGACUGGCCAAGAUACCCACAGUUUUGGUACAUUGAAGAUGGACAACACACAUUACGAGCUGUCACCACGGCAACAGCAGUAUCACUCAAUCACCCAGCAAGUGAAUCAGUACAUGAGGGAUGAAUAUCAUGCUAUACAAGAGCUUAUGUGGUUGUCAGGUCAUCAACCUGCGUUGAAGAUGGGCAUGCCUAAAAGGGAGGUUGAACCGUCGGGACCUCCUGAUGCUUGCAGAGUACACGGAACAUUGGAAGUGAACAAAGUAGCUGGAAACUUUCAUAUAACAGCCGGAAAGUACUUUCCCCAAUUGCAGUUUGGUUUGGGUCAUGUACACUUGGAAUCAUUCAUGUCAAAUGCGGAUUACAACUUUACACACAGAAUAGACCAUUUCUCGUUUGGGGACCAGUCAGGAGGAGUAAUCAACCCAUUAGACGGAGAAGAACAAGUUACAACAUAUAACUAUCAUUUAUUUCAAUACUUCAUGAAGAUUGUUCCGACAGAAGUUAGAACAUACAGUCAUCAAGUUGACACAUACCAGUAUUCUGUCACAGAAAGAAGCAGACCAAUAAAUCAUGAUAGUGGAAGUCACGGGGUGCCUGGUAUAUUUGUGAAAUACGAUGUAUUUGCAUUUAAAAUACGAGUACGGGAAGAGCUGCGACCGUUUUGGCAGUUUGUGGUACGACUGUGUGGUAUUGCAGGUGGCGUGUUCGUUGUAUCAGGUCUUUUACAUGACAGCAUGGGCGUAAUUGUUGACGUUUUAUGUUGUCGGUUUAAACUCGGCAAAUAUAACAAUGAAAAGAAAGGAGAACCCUUACUAGCUCAGGGAACAGAGUCCGAUGGAUUUAAACCACAACAGAAUAGUUUAUAUACAGAGUUUGACCAAUCAUAUAACCCGGUGCAUCUUGCAGAACAGACUUUAAAUAGUAACAGUGGACUUGUGAACAGUGCAAAUGAUAAUUAUAAUGGCGUAAAUAGAUAGUAGUGAAUAGUUUUUAUUAUGUUUAAUAUUCUUACGCAAUAGAUAGAUGGUACAUGUUUUUUUUUAAAGGAGCUUACACCAUGCCGUAUUCAACUGCGUUACAGUUUUGUUGUCUUAACUUGUAGUUGUACUAAUACAAGCUGAAACUUGUGGGGUAUUUGCAGGAAAUGGUGAUUACGAUUCUGUAAUUUGUUCCACAGCGUAAAAACAGUCUGUGAUAGCACCAUGCAAAUUUAGUCCAAAACCAAGUGACAUAAUAGUUAGUCAACUUACUUUGGUAAUGUCUUCAGGAAAGCUAUUUAUAUAUAUGCCAUUGAGACAUAUCUAGAUGUUAAAAAGUGAAAAAGAAAAGGAUUUAAUACAACUUAUAAUAGCUUACAUAUAACUUGCAAUAGUGAUCCAGUUUGUUAAAAAAUCUCUGAAAUCAAAAGCUUGUUUCAGUAUUUAAUGGUUUCAAUUAUUUGUGUAUUGAUAACAGACCUUUUUUCAUCAUAUAUAAAAUCUGUAAGAAGACCCUUCAAAAGCAUAGAAAGCAACCAAGCAAAAUUAUAGCUGGCUAUCACAGGAGCGUACAUGUUUAACAAACAGCUCUUGUUGCAUUGGGAACGCUUCCUUUCACAAGUAACUUUCUUUGUAGGUGGUAAUGCUUUUAUUAUAUUUGUUAGCUUUCUUUGAUGUUGAAUGCUGUUUUUAAAUUUUGAAUUAGAUUUUUUUAAUUAAAUGGGAUAGUUUAUGCUGUGUAUUUAUAUUUCUUUUAUUGUUUUCGUUAAAUGUACAUUCCAGCUUUAAGCAAAGUCAACCAUGAUUUAUUCAUAUUUAUCAGAACAUUAAAAUUAAUUCUAAUAUGCUUGUUUCUGUUAAAACACGCUAUUGCUAAAAUGACGUCGCGUGAACUUGCGAUGAUGUCUAUGUUUUUGUUGCGACCAAGAAAAAGCGCUACUAUAUUUUAUCUGCUGUUUUAGAUAAAGGGCAUAUUAGAAUCAAAAUGAUGUGUAGCAAAAUCGUGUUUUACCUAAAUUAAUACACUCAAAAUUGGUUAUACGUCACCAGAAUAAUUCACUCGGGGUACGCUCUCUUGAAAUGAUUCCGUUGACAUAUAAUCUCUUUCCUUGUAUUAAUAACGUUAAAACACCCUAUACUUUAUUUCUUAAUUGUAAAGCUUCUAUGCAUGACUUUAAUUUAUAAAACUGGAACAUGUCUAUAAUCUCAGGAUAGCAUUGUAAAAUAACAAGGGGGAGUAGUUUCACAAAAAUAUCUCUCAUUUUCAUAUCUGUAUAUAUAUCAGUAAGUACUGGUAAUUCUGAAACUUUGUAGGAGUACAUGAAUGUUUUUUUUCCUUUGUUCAUAAUGAAGGGGUAACGCAUGGUUUUUGGUGUUAUAAUAUCUGCGGAAUCCCGAGUGAUUGGUUGGUACCCGAGUCCGAUAGAGCGGGGUACCAACGAUCCCGAAGGAUUCUGAAGAUUUUAUAUCACAAAAUGAACAUGCGCUAACACUAUCACUAUUCUAGCAUAAAAUGCGUAAAAACUUAUAAACAAAUGCAUUAUCCCGUCACGUCAUUAAAUUUCCAUGAAAUGCGUGGGAUUGUCUGCUUUGCUUUUUUCACAUUGAUGUCAUUUCUUUUUGAAAUAUCCGUUUCAGGGCUGUAUUGCGUUUAGGCUUUGCGAAGGAACGUGCGCAUAAUAUAAAAGGUGUUUUAAAAACAGCAUGUGAGCGCUAGAAUCUCCGUUAACACAUGUUUUCUAACACCCCCGAAAAGUGACAAGAACAGUGUUUUUAUGCUAGAAUGAUGUUUUAUAUUUAUUUUGAUUAAAGUGGGUAUUUUGCUUAAUUGUAAUAGUAAGAACUCAUAGAUGGAAAGCAAGUUAAAGGGACAUGCACCAUCCAGAUUUAUAUCAGUUAAAAAGAGAACCAUUUCUUUGAUAGCGAUAAUAUUUGAGCCGCCCCAUGAAAAAACCAGCAUAGUGCUUUGCGACCAGCAUGGAUACAGAUCUGCGCAGUCUGGUCAGGAUCCAUGCUGUUCGCUAAAAGUGUCUCUAAUUGCAAUAGGCUUUGAAAGCGAACAGCAUGAAUCCUGAUCAGACUGUACAGAUGCGCAGGCUGGUCUGGAUCCAUGCUGGUCGCAAACCCACUUUGUUAGCUCGACUAUUCGAAGAAUAGUCUAGCUAUUCUACUCACCCUGGCGUCGGUGUCGGCAUCACACCUUGGUUAAGUUUUUGCAUGCAAGUACAUACAGCUAUCAUUUAAAGGCCUAUAGCUUUGAAACUUAUUUAUUCUUUUUCUAGGUCAAUUACCAACCUCACUGGGUCAAGUUCCAUAACUCUAACAUGUAUUUUGAGCAAAUUAUGCCCCUUUUUGGACUUAGAAAAUUCUGGUUAAAGUUUUACACGCAAGUUACUAUCUCCAAAACUAAUGCAGAUAUUGAAUUGAAACUUCACAUGUGUCUUUGGGGUUAUAAAACUAGUUGAUAGCACCAAGUCCUAUAACUCUGACCUUCAUUUUGGCCAAAUUAUGCCCCCUUUUGGACUUAGAAAAUUCUGGUUAAAGUUUUGCGUGCAAGUACAUACAGCUAUUACUAAAAGGCAUAUAGAUUUGAAACUUAUUUUUUCUUUUUCUAGAUCAAUUACCUACCUCACUGGGUCAAGUCCCAUAACUCUGACAUGUAUUUUGGGCAAAUUAUGCCCCCUUUUGGACUUAGAAAUUCUGGUUAAAGUUUUGCGUGCAAGUACAUACAGCUAUUACUAAAAGGCAUAUAUAUUUGAAACUUAUUUUUUCUUUUUCUAGAUCAAUUACCUACCUCACUGGGUUAAGUCCCAUAACUCUGACAUGUAUUUUGGGCAAAUUAUGCCCCCUUUUGGACUUAGAAAAUCCUGGUUAAAGUUUUACAUGCAAGUUACUAUCUCCAAAACUAAUGCAGAUAUUGAAUUGAAACUUAACAUGUGUCUUCGGGGUUAUAAAACUAGUUGAUAGAAUCAAGUCCCAUAACUCUGACAUGUAUUUUGGGCAAAUUAUCCCCCCUUUUGGACUUAGAAAAUCCUGGUUAAAGUUUUGCGUGCAAGUACAUACAGCUAUUACCAAAAGGCAUAUAGCUUUGAAACUUAUUUAUUCUUUUUCUAGGCCAAUUACCAAGCUCACUGGGUCAAGUCCCAUAACUCUAACUUGUAUUUUGAGCAAAUUAUGCCCCCUUUUGGACUUAGAAAAUUCUGGUUAAAGUUUUACAUGCAAGUUACUGUCUCCAAAACUAAUGCAGAUUAUGGAAUUGAAACUUAACAUGUUUCUUCGGGGUUAUAAAACUAGUUGAUAGCAUCAAGUCCCAUAACUCUGAUAUGCAUUUUGGUCAAAUUAUGUCCCCUUUAGAACUUAAAACUCUUUUGAUAUUUAACAUUUUGGGUAAUAAUUUCCUGCUUCUGUGACAAUAUUUCGAAUAGUCGAGCUUGGCUGUCUUACGGACAGCUCUUGUUGGUUUUCUCGUGGCGAGGCUCAUUUGUGAAUAAAAAGAUUUAGGCUUACUUAGAAACACAUUGAAAGUGGUUUGUUUGCAGGAUAUCUUUUCUGACCUGUUUUCUUCAGCAAUAUUGAACUUCUUGGGAGGUCUUGAAAGCAAUAAUAAUGUUGAUGCUAAAUAGUGUUGAACUGCAAUUGUGGUGUGAGAAAACUAUAUAAAAAUAAUGUUAAAUAAUUCAUGCAUUAACAGAAAAACUGUGCCAUUUUACAGGAAAUCACAGACAUUUGUCCAGAUUUUGAAAUCCAUCAUGGUUACUUAUAUGUUUGAUUAUACAGAUUUUUUUUCAAAUAUAUGUUUAUGUAUGCUAAUGCUUGCAUGUAGUCUUAUUUAGGUCCAGGUAACUAUUCAUUAACAUGAUUAAAAUGUAAGGCACGCCAAGUGAAAGGGAUAAGAGAUGGGUUUUAAAGAAAUUCAGGAAAGUAAAAAAUGUAAAUUUUGAUAUGAAAUGCCAUUAUUUCACCCUACUUAUUACCAGUCCAUUUAUUUCCUUUUUGAAUAGGCAGAUUAUAAUGAAAAAUCUGCAUAUUUGCAAACCCUUGAGGUGGUAUUUUCAGCACACUGAUCUUACAUUAACAGUGAAUGUAAUACCCAUAUAGUUUAUCUUUAACCCUUACCCUGCUGAAUUUCUAAAAUGGACUUGUCCAUCUCGCAAUUUGACAGUGCCUAAAACUGUUAAAAGGGGUGAUUACCGAAAAGAUACUGACUGAAUGGUGAACGGUGCAGACCAUGAUCAGACUGCAUUGAUGUGCAGGCUGAUUUUGGUCUGCACUGGUCGCAAAGGCAGAAUCACUUGCCGCUAGAAGGCUAAGGGUUAAAUUGGCUUCACUGAGCGCAGUAAAUUUUGAAAGUAGAAUAUGAUUUUCAUACUUAGGACGUUGAUGAAUAUUUUUUAGUUUUAUUUUAUGUUUGUUAAGACAAAUGUGUCAUAUCUGAGUUCUUAUGGAAUACUUCACCUGUGUAUAUGUUAAUCUUUUAUUAAAAAUGUUUUAAAAAGUGUGUGAGAAAGAUUUCAUGUUUUAUGUUUUGUCUGAUUCUGAACUGAAAUUCAUUAAACAGUACAUGUAAAAUA